CUGAGUUUGGGGUGGGGAACUACUCUCACUCUCUCCCCACCCAUCAGAGCUGCUCAUUUGCGGCUGGACUUUAUUGUGAGGGAAGAGAAGGCUGGGGAUGUGUGUGGCAAGCGGAUGGUGCACGCUUCAAUGUGUGAGCUGAAAUCUGACAUUGUAACAAGAGGGGAGUGAGCUUGUCCUGUCCCAGGGAUAAGGGCGUUAGCUGCUCGGGUGGAGAUACCUCUGUAUUUAAUUCAGACUUUGGUGACCCAUAUCUGAUUCUAAAGAACAUCAUGGCUGAACCUGACUACAUUGAUGGAGAUAACCAAGAACUAAUUCAACCCCACAAACUUGUAAACCCAGUGAAGGUGUCAAGAAACCACCAAGAUCUUCACCGGGAGCUACGUAUGAACCAGAAAAUAGGACUUUCCCCACAAAACAAACCAGAGUUACAGAAGGUGAUGGAGAAAAGGAAGAGAGACCAAAUAAUCAAACAGCAAAAGGGAGAAGCAGAACAGAAAAAGACAGAGUUUGAAAAAGAGCUUCAGAAACGGCACCAGAUGUUAGAUGAGAUGGAAAUGGAGAAUCAAAAGAUUACGGAGGUGCAGGAAAAUAAACCAGAGUUUCUCAAGGUCAAAGGCAAUCUCCGGAAAAUGAACCAGGAAAUAUCAGAAGCCAACAGUUCUUAGAUGUACUGCUCUCAAUGCUGCCUGGAAUUGAUAUUAAAUAUAUAUUUUUGCUUGUAUGUUAUUGGGGACUUACCCUGCAGAAUUUCUCCAUAGAGAUUUUUCAUCUUCGAAAUCUGAAUGAGAUUUCUAUGAGUGCAAAACACCAUGGAAGAGGAUAGAAAACACUUGAGUGAAACAGGAUGGAUACUGAGCUGACAGCUAUCAAAGUGUCCUUUCAUAAAUGCUGGACAUUGCAGAAAUCAUAGGUGUUGCCUAAAUUUAAUCUGAGCUAUUUGCAAACAAUGAUUUCUGUUUACUACUGCAGGGUCAUAUACAACAUUCUAGAGAACUUCACUGUGCAGUAAAGUAUAUUUUUUAUUUUAGGUUAUGAGAAGCUGUGGUGGCAGAUGCAUUUAACCUUUUCACUGGUUAACAUCAUUCAGAUUUUAAAAUUGCACUGGUUUUAUACAGAAUGUAUAGGACUGAUGUUUACAGUUUUUCUUUUUGUUGGCGUGUGCCUAAACUUGCAAACUGAGCUACUGUAUAGAGUGUUCAUGGACUUAUUAUUGGAUUGCCACUUUUCUUUGGCAGUUGCAUAGUAUGAUCUUCUUAAAAUGCUGUGAAGGUCUGUAAUAUGUCAAAUAUUUCUUUUCUCGUGGGACAUUCUCCUUCAGAUGCGACAGUACAGCAAUGGAUGGAAACUGCUAUAUUCUGCCUUGAUUUCUAACAUGAUUUUGAAUUGUACAUUUGCCAUGAAUCCAAACAAUUACCAUUGGCUAAAAUUCUGCUGGCAUGACUAGUUUAGGCACUUUGGUGGUUACUGAUCUUCAGCUUCAGUGAAUAUCAACUGAUAGCUGGCUUAAUGAAAUGACAGUUGCAGUUUAGCAAAUCACCAACUAUGUAGCUACUUCUCUUCUGGAAUGCUAUUCUCAACUAUAGUCUGUUACAGUCAAAAAUAAAAUGCCAAUUUGUCUGCCCUCUAUAAUAACAGGCUGUGCCUGGAGCAGCUUUAUUUGUCAUAAGAAGCAUUUAUUUGUUUUAAACAAACUUCAAAUGGUUUGAGAGAUGACUAUUGGCUAAGCUUUAUGGUGUGUGCUUUCACCUGAUUCUAAGUUUCCUUUAGUCUGAAUAGCCAAAAUUCAGAUGUCUUUGUGCUGUACAUUUUGAAGAUCAUUUAAACAUUGCCAAGGUGUGAGUAGUCUGAAGAGGAAAAGUUUUCUAUUAUUGGCCACAUUGUUAGAGUGGGUGUCAGGUCUAAUCAGAAGCUCUAUAUGUAUCCGUAACCAAUGAUAUUAAGAAUAUCAUUGGUUAAUAAAUGAUGUGGGGAAGACGCCUACACAAAGGUGCUCUCCAGUCUAAUGUGUAAUGUUUAAUGUGCCAUAUUUUUAGAGAGUAGACUAACAACCUGCUUGUUGGUAUAAUCCAUGUUUUACCUUUAUGGUUAACUACUUUGUUAAUAGCAAAGGUAAUAUGCUUUAUGUUUAUAUAUGGAAACUCUGUAGUUUGCUCUGCAAUAAUGCAUAAUAUAAAAAUUCAGCGGUUUUGUGGUUUUAUUUAUUUAUUUUUUGUCCAUUUUGAAUGUGAAAUGAUGCCCAUUGAUGCAGUGUAAUAUUUACAAAUCAUUAUCUUUCACAUGAACUAUUUGCUUGCAAGGCCUAAUUUUUAUGGGAAAUGCAGAAUUCUUGCUUCUAUACUGUAAGAAUCUCUCCUUCAGAAGCUAUGAAACUGCCUCAUCCUGGCUUCAUUAUCCUCCCACAAUACAACUUUAAGGCCCCGUGACAGAGUAUGCUACCUUGUAUGCUGGAUAACAGAAUAUCUGUAUAAGAAGCAUACUUCAAAUCUGAAUAAUAUUAACCCUAAUAAAAAAAAGUGUUGGGUUCCCCAUAAAAGCCUUAAUAUACAAGAACUAUAACUUCGAGACUUUGAGUUGAAACCUGGGAUUUUAGUCCGAAAAAUAUGAAUAUGCAUUACAUAAAAGUUAUGUUAUUGUUGCUGUUGUGUUAUUACCGUCUCCUUGCCAGGUCACAUACAUUUUUCUGCAUGUGUUUAAAUAUUAACCUGAUCUCAGAGGCUGAUAUUAGCUGGUAUACUAGAUGCAUAUGCAGGAAUUAACCUAUAAGUUUGAACUGCAGCUAGCACUUGUCUAAACAGCCAAAAAAUUGGGUAAUUGGUCACAUAAGGUGAGAAUUGACUGAGCUGUUUAGUUAGGCCACUGAGACUAAAUAUUAAUCCAUUCUGUGUGUGAGUGAUGAGCUAUAGUGCGUCAGAGGAGAACUCAGUUGGCAUCUACCCUGUUGCUCUGGUUAUAGGGGAACUAUCAUGAAAAUGUAAUAUAAGCUUCCUCAUACUGAAGUAAGAAACGUUAUAAAUACAAUCAAAUGAAAAAAAUCUGCAUUGUAUCUUUCUAUCUUAUAGGGGGGCUUCCUUUCCUAGCAGAUGUAUUAGAGUUUACUGAAUAACGGAUUCCAGUACAAACACAAUCUAACAAAAUACCUGCCUUUUGCACAAAUCCUGCAUGUAGAGAGACAUGAUGUCUUGUGAUUUCAAUAGAGUGAGCUCUAAUACAUCUUCUAGGCAAAAGGAGCCCCCCUCUUUAAGAUAUAUUGGAUGUAACUGUCAAUGAAUAUCUGACACCCAACUCCUGCAUGAAGACAGAAUGAAGAGAAACAGAUGCUAAGAGAGGCAUAGUGAGGAUAAACUUGAUUAUUUCAGAAACUGUACAGAAUUUUUAAUUGAUUGUAUUUACAAAGUUUCUUAUUUCAGUAUGAAACAUUUUCAUUUUACACAAUAGUUCCCCUUUAAGAAUAAUAGACUAGAUGUUGGUUAGUCACACUGUCAUUAUUGCUGGCUGAGUGUGCACACAUAAACAUAAAUUCCUGUGUUUAUUUCUAUUUUUUGAACAGCUAAAUAUGACUCCAUACCAAAUGUUAGUAACACAGUAGAGAUAGGGCUACCCAUAACAAGUGAAAUGAUUUGGUAAUCUUUGCCAUGUGGAUUUCAUACCCUCUAUCAGUUAAGCUUUGAUAAAAGAAUCCAUGGCUGGAACAAGAUAUGAGAAAAAUGUCCCAUACUAAUAUUAAACCUUCAGAUAAGCACCUGGGGCACAUGUAAUUUCCCCUUCCAUGAGAACACUGGUGGUCUUGCAUUAUAUUAUAAAGACGUCUGUCUCCUAGGAUAAAAUUCCAUAAAAGGCCCUAGUUAUUGGAAUUCUGUUCAUGGAAAUAGUGGUCGUAUUUAGCUUUGUUUAAAGAUACAUUUCUGAAAAGUAUUUUAGUACAUUUAAAUGCUGCAAUAUAACCUGGAUUAUUAAUGUAUUAUAUUAUGCAACUGUGACUUUACAUGCAGCAUUACAGGCAUGAACAUAACUUGGUGGGGGGAAACAAUAUUAGCAAAACAUUAGAUGAAUAAUUACAUUUUGUAAAAUGUUGUUCAUGAGGAUGUCCAUGCAGUGUAGUGCCAGGAUUUUAAAAAAAAGCUUCUCUGUCCUGUAACCACAAAAGGGUUAAUGUUUCCUGCAUCUGGUGAUCAGGAAGGAACAGUACUUUGUACUUCUGCAGCUUUCUUCUUGUGUUCCAGUCCCAGGUUUAGUGCUCUGCAUGCCUUUUUGCAGUCUAAGACCGCAUGAAGAGGUCAAUGGACAUUUAGAAAAAAUUAAUUUAUUUUUUGUUUUUACUUCCCUUUAAUCGCAAAGAUUAAAGGGGAGAUUAUUCAGUAUAGUUUUGCUGAGCAAUAACAACCUUUCUUAUAAUAAGUAACUCUAUAUGGUUUAUUCCUUGUUAAAGGAAUUGUUCAGUGUAAAAAUAAAAACUGGGUAAAUAGGCUGUGCAAAAUAAAAAAUAUUUCUAAUAUAGUUGGUUAGGCAAAAAUGUAAUGUAUAAAGGCUGGAGUGACUGGAUGUCUUACAUAAUAGCCAGAACACGACUUCCUGCUUUUCAGCUCUAACUAGGAGUUAGAUAAGUCCCAUGUGGCCCCUUUUCAAGUCGCUGACUGUUAAUUGAGUUUGUAAUUGAUCCUCAGCAUGCAACUCCGAUUCAAAAGCAAGUUAUGAUCCAUGUGCCCCCCCCCUCAAGCCACUGAUUGGUUACUGAAAGCAAAAGCGCUGAAAAGCAGGAAUUAGUGUUAUGUUAUGUUAGACAUCCAGUCACUCCAGCCUUUAUACAUUACAUUUUGGCUAACUAACUAUAUUAGAAACAUUUUUUUUACCCAGUUUUUAUUUGUACCUUGAACAAUUCCUUCACGUCUUCUUAAGUCAGGAAUCUAUCAGUAUCACUUAAGAGAUGGAGAUUUAUUUCACCACAGUCCAUUGCAUGAAAAAAUAUUUGUUUUCCCAGGUGUAAAAAAACACAUUGAUAAACCAAUGGCUUUCUUGUUUAUUAUUAUGAUUUAUUAUUAGUUUCCCCAGUAAAGUUUCCAUUGACAUUAUGACUUGAGACCUGUAUAGAAUGUUUAAGUAUGAAAGACACACACUCUCAGGCUGUAGAUACCAUGCCCAAUUAACUUUUUAAAACACAUCACUAUCGCUAAUUGCCUGUUAUGCUGUAGAUUGAUAUUAUUUUCCGAUUCAUCAGGAGAUACUAAAAUAUUCCCUUUCAUAGAAAAGCUCAUUGUACUUUGCCAUUAGUGACUUGCAAUACAGAUAUGCAAGAUGUGUGAUCAGAGUGCAUUGUUCUACUGAAUAAUAUUGCCUUUACCUGUAUAUGUGACUCAUGUGCUUGCAGGUGCCUUUUUAUAUAAAUAUAUGCAAGAGUCAAAAACAAUCUGCAUUAUACUGCCUCCCUGGUAUAUCUAACGGACUAUCAUCUGCUUCUUUAACCAAAGUUUCAUAUUUUACUAUUGUGCUUGUGGAACAGCUUUCAUUUGUCUCAGGGGAAGUGGCCAUUACAAAGCAGGAUCUUUUCUUUUCUAAUAGAAAACUUUAUUUAAAAAUCGUUACACUUUUUUGGUAAAAUAGUCCAACCAUGUACGACUCCUUGUAUCGCAGGUCAAUUCUAAAGUAUUUGUUUUUUUUAACAGGUCACCAUUACGCUUCAGACAAAGGAAUAUUUUUUGUACACCCUUUACUACAAUGGCUAGUUUUUCAUUGCAUUCCUAAGGUAUUUUCUUUACCCAUUUAUCGAAAGGGACCCUAUUUAAUUGUACAUUAAAUCUAUUUUGUAUUUGCUUUUGAUUGAUUAUUGUAUAAUGGCAUGACAAUUGCUUACUGAACUGUUUAAUAAAUCAACCUUCUGGCCUGUACAGUU